GUAUUUGAUCAUAAUUCAAAUAGGACUCAAUUUACGGCUUUCAUUUUCAUACGAGGAACUCAGCUAACCGAUUUCGAAAUACGAUAAUACCGUUUGGGACUCAAUUUAUCGGCAAUUCGAUUGAUCACUUUACCUCCAACGUAUUGGUCAGCAGCUGAGUUUAGGAACAGUUAAAUCUGGCGGCUGACCAAUCUGCUGAAAUUAGGAACACACGGAAUGUUACCCCUGCAUUAAUUACAAUAUUCGAAUUUUAAGCUGGAAUGAUAAUAUUUAUUUUGUUUAUUUUAUUUCUCGUGUGUAACGAAUUAAUACAAUAUGAUAAAACACGGGUACUUUUAAUAACCUAUCCGAAUUUCUUCUACCAGUCACCACUGCGGGCUUGGUGACCGUCGGGUAAAUUCACCGAUUAGACAUUCCGAAUUUCUAGCCGCUUUUGAGUACAUAGGCGAUACCGCCAUUUUGUGUUUUUCAAAAAGUUGCCGCCGACAUGGUUAUCUGUUUAUUGUAUCAUGCGAAUACACUGUACUCUAAUCACAGAAUCUUGUUUGUAUACAACUUGACGAAAUAAAUAAUAAAUAUAAUACAACAUGACAUUUCAGUUUAUUCUUUAUUGUUUAUCUUUAUAUCAUGCAUCAAUAAGAACCACACAUAGUAUAUUUCACACUUUUCAUUAACUUGUGUGUACACUGAACAACACAGAACGCGAUUUAAUUAUAACAUUAUUAAUAUCUAAAUCUAUUUAGCAGAAAAUAGAUAUUAUGGAUUUCGAAAAGAUAAAAGAAAAAGCUUUCGAAAAUGCCUAUAAAGGUAAUACUGAACUUGUUAUUACAACAGUUGAAGAACAUUUGAGACUAUUAAAAGAUGUUGAUGUCGUAAGUAAUGUUAUAAUUUACAGUGAUUUAUUUUAUUUUAGAUUAAUUAUAAAUUGAUAUAAAUAUAAUAUAGAAUAUAUUUCAUACAUAAUGAACAAGUGCCUAAUCAUAACUAUCUACUUUAGUAUUUUGUCAUGCGAGUACCUAUCUGCCUAACUAAUUUGGCAAAUUGAUUAUAGAUCAUGCAAAUCAAACAUUUCUAGUGGAACUUAUCUCUGUUAAAAAUGCAUCAAUUAAUAUAAAAUGUCCAACAGAAUCUUUUAGAUACUAAGUGGAGCAAGGAAUGUAUUCAUUUAUAAUGAUAAUUACUUUUUUAUUGAUUUUUUUUUCUGUGAACAACUUUUCUACUAAACAAUUUGCUCAGAUAUUUUAGUGGUAAUUGAACAUACUAUUAUACUACAUACUAAGGGAUGUCAUUUUUCAUCCCAGUGGUUUUCAUAAUUAAAUGGGAAAAUUUAUGAAAUAUAUUAUUUUCAUAUUGUAAAUAUUACAGACUUUCAAAACGUGUAUAACCAAACUCUGUUUAGAAUUGUUUUGCGUACAGAUAUAUAUUAAAUUUCCCUUCCACCUUUCCAACUUUUCACCUACAAUAGUGGCCCAUCACAUCGUGUGAAGUAUGUUUAUUUGUUUUUUAUUGAUACUUCUUAAUUCAAUAUUUUUGUUUUUCUAGAACAAUCGAUUGCUUCUGCAUUGGGCAGCUCUUGGAGGACACGAUAGACUAGUUCAAUAUCUGCUUGCUAAUGGUCAACCAGAAGACUCUAAAGAUGACGUAUAUAUUUAAAUGAUAAUUAUUAUUUUUAUCAUUCAUAAUAUUUUUAAUUAUUUUUAUUUAGAUGGAAACCACUCCUCUUAUACUAGCUGCAUCUGCUGGUCGUAUUGAUUCAGUUAAAAUUCUUGUAGAAAAUGGAGUAAAUAUUAAUGGAAAAAAUGUAGAUGGGCAUUCUGCACUUCAAUAUGCAGCUUCAAAAGGUUGGACAGAAGUAAGCUGACAUUAAAUAUUCAAAUCUUUAAUAUAAAACAAUUAAUAUUCAUUCAUAAAAUUAUAAAAUAGAAACAAAAUUAUUAAAUGGUUAAUAUUCGUAAAUAAAUAAAUAAAUGAAUAUGUUGCCUGGAGUUUUAUGAAAUGUGUAUUGUACGACCGGUUUUGAAUUAAUAAUUCAUCGUCAGGUAAAAUCAUAAAGUCAAAAAGUAAUAUGUGACUUAGUACACAUUUUAUAAAACUUCAUGCGACUCAUUUAUUUAUUUAUGCAUUUAAAAUACAUUCUUUCUUGAUCUAUAGACUCAAAAAUUAAUAAACCAUUUAAUACAAAAUUUUGCACACAUAUUUCUUAAGACUCGGGAAGGGUUUGUAACUUUGUUUUUUAACCCUUAAAUGUUGCUAUUGAGUGGUUCACAUGAAUUUUGUUUUGGAUCAUGAAAAUCGAAUAUUUUUUUCAUUUACCUAUGUAUAGGGUUGCCAUUGAAUAGGUAUGGAUAAGAAAACUUUUAUGAUAUAAAAUGUGAACUUAGUGAUGAACUUUGAUGAUAGGCAAGAAAACAGAUUUCUAAAUUUGCAGGUAAUAAAUCUUAACUGCAGACAUGGGAAAAUAUUUUUUUAAUUUUUUUUUUUUUUUACAUUUUUUAUCAUUCAAUACUGACAUGUACAAACCCGUGUAAAAUAACUAGUAUAAAAUAAAAUAAAAUUGUUUAGAUUGUUAGAUAUCUACUAUCCAAAGGGGCUGAUGUUGACAUUUCUGAUAAUCGAGGAGCUACACCAUUGCAUAGAUGUGCAUCAAAAGGCAAUGUAUCAGUGUUAAAGUUGUUAUUAGAAUCCGGUGUACAUAUUAAUGCUAAAGAUAUUUAUGGAAAUACACCACUGUAAGAAAAUAUAUUUCAAAUUGUAUGUAUUUUACGAUGCUAAUUAUUAUAAAUAUUUUUAGGCAUUUGGCUUGUGAAGAAGGGCGUGUACAAGAAGCUGGCUUAUUAAUUAAGAGUGGUGCUGAUACCACUAUAAUGAAUAAAGACAAACUUACACCUUUUGAUCUAGCGCCAGCUGAUAUUCAAGGCGUUUUGAGAAAAAUAUAAAUUAUAAUAUUUAAUAUAAAGGUGAAGAUUAUAGUGUUACUUUUAAAAUAUAAAAUAUAUAAGGUCUAAAAAUGUAUACACAAAAAUGGAUGAAUGGGUCUGUAUGAACCUCAAAGCAGGAUUUACAAAAUUGAACCCCUAAAUGGUUGACACAGAGUUUUUAGUAUUUUUGAAAUUCAAAUCAAGUUAACCUUGGUAACACUGAUAAAAUAAACCAAAUAGUUAAUAUUAGGGAGAUGUGUUUUUAUUUUUUCUUUGUUCAGUACUGUGCACGGGCAAAGCUAUACAGGACAGCUAGUAAUAAAUACAUAUAUUUUACUUUUUAUUCCCCCAUACUUUGUUUUCAUUAUAUUUACAAUAUAAGUAGUUAUUUAUGCGCAUAUUAUUUGUAUCACAAUACACACAAUUCUGAAAUAAAUAAACAGUAAACAUUUAAAAUGUUAAUGAUUACUUUUUUACUAAAUGUUUCACAAUAAAGUUAUUUGUAAGAAUUAGGUUUGUUGAAAAUAUCUUAUUGUUGUGUAAUCAAUAUAGAUUUUAUGUUACUAUUCAAAAUCUAAUAUGUUUUAUUAUAUAUAAAACAGUUUGAAUGUGCCAGUAGUAAUAUUUAAUUGUUUGUUUAAGAAAAAAACAAAAAUUAAUAUUUAAAUUAAAAUUUUUUUUUUCAGAAUAUCAGAUUCAAAUUGAAGUUCAUUCAUUUGAAAUAUUUAAAUUUUUAAAAAUAAAUUAGUUUUACUACUUUUUAAGAUAUUUUGCUGUAAAAGUAAUCUUAUAAUAAAUUCAGUUUAUUUAUAUAUUUGUUAUUUACUCUGUGAUAUAUUUUUAAAUUAAUUAUUCCUAUUGAAU